UUUAUAAGAACCCACUGAUCCUUGGCCACAAACACAGCACAACCGGAGGCAAUUCCCGCGAGUACCUCCGGCCAACGCUAGCAGCGGCCAUGUCGGCGGAAAGGGGGUGCAAGGAGGAGAAGGAAGAGGGGGAGGACAGGAAGCCGGUGAUCAAGCCCGGCGUGCACGUGACGCUCAAGGUGCAGGACACCGACGGCCACUCCGUCUACCGCACCAUGCGGCGCACCGACAAGCUGCAGGGCCUCAUGGACUUCUACUACGCCAGCGUGCCCGCGGUCGCGCCCGGCACGGGGCGGUUCCUCUACGACGGCGGCCGGCUGAGCGGCGAAGAGACGCCGGCGCAGCUCGAGAUGGACGACGGAGAUGAGGUGGACUUCUUCACCGAGCUGAUGGGCGGCGGCGGAUGGGUCGCAGGGUCGAUUACGGCGUAGCUCGCUGCUUAGCGUGGUUGGAGCCCUAGCCAGGCCUACGUUUGUUUUGGUUAAUUAAUUAUGAUGGGUAUUGGUUACUUGCAGAGUUACAGGCUCACGAGGACGGCCGCUACGCUGUACCUAAAGUAUCUGUUAUUCUGCCAAGCCUCUUGGUCGUUUACUUUGGGAGAUAUACUACUCCGUAUGUCUUACUACUAUAUGAUCCUGCAUUAUCACCGGGUGUAGUACUCCUUGAUUGCCGGAACUAAUUUGUGGGAUGUAUUGAAACAGGAUAAUAUCCCGAUUUACCCGCAA